GGAUUUCGUGACGUCACAGCUCCCUCUGAGGCCUCUUCCGGGCCGGGAAGCUGCGCGCCCAGUCGGAAGUGACGUACCCUCGCGCUCCGCGCAGUGGCGGCAUUUCAAGCUUUGCGGUCUGGACAGGUUGACACACUCAGUCACGGUCUGGGAGGAGACUCUAGGAUUCCGGUGGCUCCCCGAAACUGGCUAAAGCCAGUCCGCCGGCCUUCCGGUGCAGACGAGAGAACCGAAGCUCCGCCUACGGGAGCGUCUAGGAAGUCUGGGCUGAGGGAAAGCGGCGCGGAGGAAAGGGCGCCCGCGGGCCAUGGCCCCACCUCCAGGGGUGGGUCCCGCGUCUCUGCGGUUUGCUGCGGCCGCCAGCUGGCUAGUUGUCCGCCGUCGCCAAGUAGAGCACUUCCCGAGAGUGGUCCAGUUUUUGCAGUCCCUUCGCGCUGCUGUCCCUGGCUUGGUUUGCUACCGGCACCAUGAACGCCUAUGUAUGGGCCUAAAGGCCAAGGUGGUGGUGGAGCUGAUCGUGCAAGAGCGACCCUGGACCCAGGUCCUCAAUGCCCUGAAUCUUCACUUUCCAGAGUCCAGAACAACAGAACAAGAUAGGAAGCUUUUGGAGGCACAGGAAAAUUUUUGCCUGCUUGUGAAGCAGCUGUCAGAGGACCCGGCUUCGAGCCCGCAGGAACUAGAACAAGACUAUGGGGAACCCUUUCUGGUUGCCAUGGAAAAGCUGUUGUUUGAAUACUUGUGUCAGCUAGAAAGAGUACUGCCUACAGUCAGAGCACAAGAGCUUCAGGAUGUUCUAAGUUGGAUUCAGCCGGGCUGUUCCGUUACUUCUUCUGUUGCUUUGCGCCAGUAUGGUAUGGACAUGGGGUGGCCAUUUCCAGAGAGUCCUUCUGGUUCAGUGAGUCCUCCUCAGCAAACAAAACCAGCAUCCCACAGUCCUCUGCCUAAAGCUAAGCUUGGCCCUCUCCAACCAGCUUCACAGGAGCAUCCAGAACAUUUAGCUGGCAACCGCUUUAAUCUGGCCCCUUUGGGAAAGCGAAAAUGCCCAUCCCAGUGGACAUCCGCAAAGGCCUGCCACAAAGAGCGGCCCACAGUCAUGCUGUUCCCCUUCAGGAACACAGGCCUACCAUCUCAAGACAUACCUAACCCCAAAAGCAAGGAAGAACGUGAACCAGAACCAGUCUGCACUGAGAAGUCCAAGACUCCAUCACAAACCUUAGGGAAAAGGGCAUUAGAGGAGACCCCGCCUGACUCACCGGCUACAAAGCAAAAGGAGAACUGUGUGAAUUGCAUGGAUCCUCUAGGAUACUCAUCACCACCUCCUAGAGUCAAGAAACCAGGGCAGCUGCAGCCUCCGUCCUACAAAGUAAGAACUGCUGUGAGAGACAGCAUCGAUUCUCAAGACUUCUCAACUGCCCACGUCAAAGUGGACUACAACUCAUGUCCUGACCAGGACUUCACCAGAGCCCCACACGGAGAAGACAGUGGCUGCUGGGCAGCUGCAAACCUCUCCAGGUCUUUGGUCUUACUGAAAUGAUGUGGCCUUUGAGGCCAUGAGCAGCAUCUGCACACUCCAUCACUGCACUGAGCUGUGGAUACCCAACUCCAGUUUUCUUCCGAGUUGUACAGACAGAGCCUGGGGAGAGUGACAGAAGUGAGAAUGAACGGACCUGUGGUUUUUGCCUCCCAACAGGAUAGAUGAGAUGGUGGUCCAAGGAACCAGCUUACCAGGACCAAUUCCCACUUUGAUGAUGUCAGCCCCAGAGAGGAUUAGCUCUUCUACCAUCUCUCCUGUUACCACAUUGCCUGCCUGAGACAAUAAUCAAAACAGCAUUCUUAGUGUCAGUGGUAGAGAGCAGCUUUUGUGCUCUCACAUAAUCCACACUUUGACCAUGACCUUCCUAUUACAAAGAAAGGGUACCUAAAGCCCUUCCACAGGCCCUGCCACCAACUUCAAAAAACCUAGAUCACAGUUACCCAUCUACCUCACAUACAUACUUUGACUUAGUGCAGAGGGUAGGGGAAAACCAGGUCCAGAAUGACCUUUAAAGCAGCAAGGUGGGGCAACAAGACCAAGUGGCCUGAAAGAGCAAUUGGUGAGUCAAACACCACUCAGAUCGACAGUAGUGCCUCUCACUACCAGGUGACUACUGCCUGGUCCUGAAGCUUUCUACCUUGAAAAAAAAUGGACAGAAACCGGAAUGUGGGCUAAAAUACCCAUCUGCCAACAGUAUAUGGGCAGUAUGACAUCCUCUUUCAAUGCUGUGCAGAAAAUGAAGCCUUGGAUUUCGUCUCUAAUAAGCUUCUAAAAAAUAAAACCUAGUUUUUAUAUGAUAA